ACCGCCAUGGCAUUCCGUGGCCCCUCCAAGUCCCAUUUGGAUUCGCUGGUUGGACAUGCGCUCUUUGGCGAUGGCGCGGCCGCUGCCAUCAUCGGUGCUGACCCUGACGUGCCCUUCGAGAAGCCACUCUUCCAGCUGGUAUCAGCGAGCCAGACCAUCCUGCCCGACUCCGAGGGUGCCAUCAACGGCCACCUUACGGAGGCAGGGCUCACCAUCCACCUUCUCAAGGACGUGCCCGGGCUCAUCUCCAAGAACAUCGAGCAGGCGCUCGAGGACGCAUUCAAGCCUCUGGGCAUCCACGACUGGAACUCCAUCUUCUGGAUUGCACACCCUGGCGGGCCGGCGAUCCUGGACAUGGUUGAGGAGAAAGUUGGCCUUGACAAGGAACGCAUGCGCGCGAGCCGAGAGGUCCUGUCGGAGUACGGCAAUAUGUCCAGCGCAUGUGUCCUCUUCGUCCUCGACGUGAUGCGUAAGACCUCUUCCCGGGAUGGCCAAGCAACCACUGGAGAGGGUAAGGAGUGGGGUGUCCUCUUCGGCUUUGGCCCCGGCCUCACCGUCGAGACACUCGUCCUCUACAGCGUCCCAUUGGCAACCAUUGCAUGAUCGAUCAGCAAACCACACUUUAUUAUUUAUUCGCCAACAACAUAAAAUCACCAGUACUACAAGUGGUUACGAGAGCGACGGUGUGAUGGCUGUUCUGAGUUUCCUUUAUCCCUGGUUUUUCACUUUUUGUUGUG